UCUCAACUAUUAAUGUUUCGAUAGUACCGUCGAAACCAAAGGUUUUGCCCGCAACCUCACUUUUAUUUAUAAAUGGGAACGUUGCCAGUAUGACCCAUAAUGCGGUGAAAAGAUUCCAAGUCAGAAAACAGGAGCGUUACAAAUGGUGUAUAUGUCACGUGAGGGUGGAAAAUCUGGGGCAAGAUUGUGAUUUUACUGAUGAUGAAAUACGUUAA